CUCAGGUUGGUCUGUUGUGGCUCUAGGAGAGGCAAAUGGCUCAGAGGCAUUUUGAGGGAAAAGAACAUGCUGAAUCUUACCAGCGGUACCGGGUGUCUCCUCCUCAGGAACUCGUAGAUGAAGUGCUGAAUUUCCUUCGAAAAAGAAUCCAGGGCUAUCUCGAUCUGGCAGUGGAUGUGGGCUGUGGAUCAGGACAGGGCACUGAGCUACUCGCCCCUCACUUUCUCACUGUGGUCGGGAUAGAUGUCAGUCCAGCUCAACUGGAGAUAGCUAGUGCCAAAGAGCAUGCACCAAAUGUGUGUUACAGACAGAGCCCUGCAGAGGAGUUGCCCUUUGAAGAUGAUGUGGCUGACUUGGUUACAUCCAUGUCUGCUGCUCACUGGUUUGACCAUCCGCGCUUCCUGCGGGAGGCGGACAGGAUUCUGAGGCCAGGAGGCUGCCUCGCUCUGCUCAGCUACACCAUGGAUUUUGAGCUGGAAUAUGGAGAACGCACCUCCAAACUCAAUGAAAUCUGCCAAGAGUUCUAUGCAGCCCUGCACCCUUUUCGGAAAGCUUAUAUAGGAUCCAGUUCCCUAGAGGUCUACAAGAAGAUCUAUGACUCUGUGUCAUACAUUGAUAAAGAGUGGCAUGAAUGUCUGAGGUGUCGGAUGAUUAUGCCGCUGUCAGGGUUUAUCGGCUUGGUUGAAACCUUCUCUACCUAUCAAGAUUUCCUGGAGAAAGAUCCUGUUGAGGCCAAGAGACUGUCUCAGACCAUCACAGACUGGUUGUUGGAAGAAAUGGGAGCCACAUCAACUGACACAGAAGUAACAGUGGUAGUGAAAUAUUUCUAUUUAUUAGCCUCUAAACCACAGAAAUCCUAAAAUUAUGUUUCAAUCC